CUCAACAACGAUAUUGAUAUAUUGAAUAUCGUAUCGGUAUCGCGCAUCCCUAGUAUUUUUACAUUUGUGUGAAUAGUUAAAAAUAAACAAAUUCGUGGCACUGUGUGCCAAAGUUUUACAGAUUAAUACUAAAAUGGCGAACUUAAAGCAAGAUCUAGAUGAAUAUUUGUUGUUACAGAGCGACCAGAAGAAAAACUUCAGUGCCAAAAUACCACAAAUUAAGGUUCCGGAUUUAGGGAAACUGUUUACACGGUCGGAGCCAGCGGAACCCAGUAACAGUUGGUUACAAGAAACACAGGACAGUUGUUGUCCUAAAUUGUCCCGUCUGCAACGUAUUGUUGGAUUUGUUGCUUGUUUGGGGCUAGGUGCGCUUUGCUUCAGUAUCUCUGUUUUCUACAUACCGGUGUUAAUACUAAAAGCCCGAAAAUUUGCGCUACUCUAUUCCCUAGGUAGCAUGUUUUUUAUACUAGGAUUUUGUUUUUUGUCAGGCUUUGGUGCCUUCAUCAAGACUGCUUUUUCGAAGCCGCGCUUGCUGGUGUCCUGUACAUACACCACCUCGUUGAUAGCAACGCUCUACUGCGCCUUAUUAGUACAUAGCACAGCGUUAACGGUGCUCUUCGCUGUGGCGCAAAUAAUUGCCCUACUAUUUAUGAUCGUCGGCACUGUUCCGGGCGGAGCUUCUGGCAUCAAAUUUUUCGGAAAAAUGUUUAAGAGCACAGUAUCUUCAACAAGUACACUGCCGGUUUAAAUUGAUGAAAAUAAUAUAAGAUCGCAUUCACCAUUCCUUAA